UGUUGUGUUAUUUUAAUAAAAUCGGCCAAAAGGUAAAGAAAAGAAUGCUAGAAAAAUAUAAUUUAUUCAAUGAAUAUUCCAAAGAAAAUGUUUCUGUUCAAAUAUUAUCAAAAAAAUAUGGUGUGGAAAAACAAACAAACAAAAGUGAUGAAAGUGAAACUAAAAAGGCUAAGAAGAACAGACAAACUACUUCAAAAAGAUUCGCGUAAGAGAAAUAAAAUAUCUAUUUUUAUGGCCUACCUUUUUGCGCUGUUCAUAUCACAUGUAUCAGACUCUGCUACCCCCAAGCCCCACCUUACGAUCUAUGAACUUAUUUAUUCUACGGAGGAAAAUCUAUCACCGGGAUACUACUAUGACACACCGUCAAUUAGUACGUACACUUCAGAAGAUAACCCAGUAUCGUGGGAGGAAUACAGUGUGCGAGAAAAAACUAUGAGUCACCUACCCAAUGCAGCCAAAAAGCCGAUUCCCCCAUUGGUUCGUCUACCCACAAAUCACCACAGACAGCUUACAACCGUACUCGAAGCCAAGGCGCUAGACUUUUCCUUUCCAUCCGAGCAUGAGCGUCAUUCUGCUCUUUCCGAUGGCCGUUAUAAUCCAAUGAAUGUGUUGCCAGUUGACGUGGAUGCAUAUUCACCAAGCAAUGGGAAAACGCAAAUCUAUGUAACUAUCCCUCGUUUCGACAAAGGUCCGCCUUACAGUCUGGCACGUGUACGCAAUCCUGGCCCCAGACAUAGUGGUAUCCAACUCGAAGCUUACCCGGAUUAUUCCUGGCAUAGGUCAUAUGGUGCAGAUUGUGAUGGGUUAACAUCCGUUUAUCGUGUGAAGAUCGACGCAUGCAAUCGAAUGUGGAUAUUGGAUAGUGGGGAAAUCGGACGCAACCACACCUGCCCGCCACAAAUCGUUGUCUUUGAUAUCUCUACACACCGAAUGGUACAUCGUUACCGCUUACCCGGCACUGUAUUCGUGAGAAAUUACAGCCGCCUGAUAACCAUCGCCGUUGACAUCACCGACCCACCGCCAAAUGGAAAGUGUCUCAAAGCGUUUGCCUACAUAGCAGAUGCAACCUCGUUUGCGCUCAUCGUGUACGAUAUGAUACACGAAAAUUCAUGGAGAGUUGAAAACCGCUUUACGUACCCAAGUCCACUAUUCAGCACUCUGACUGUAGCGGGCGAAAGUUUCCAACUGUUGGAUGGCGUGUUUGGAAUAUCCAUAACACCAGAGGGCUUGGGGUUGCAACGAAUGCUGUAUUUCCACUCUGUAAGCAAUGAUAUCCAAGCAUCUGUUCCACUACAUGUAAUUAACAACGCCACAAACUUUCUAAUCCCUGACAUAUCGGCAUGCCUCGGCAAUUUUACUGAAGUUGGUAAACGGGGCAUCCAAUGCACCGUAUCAGAAAUGUCGCCACAAGGCUAUCUACUGUGCGGCUUCUUUGAUCCCAUAGCCUUGGUUGGCUGGGAUAUACGCACUUCAUAUACGGCCGAGCAUCGCUUCGUCCUGGCGGAGAACGCUGAAACCUUGCAGUUUAUAGGCGGACUAAAAAUUGCUCCUAAUGCGCAAGGCAAACUGGAAGUUUGGAUACUAUCCAACCGAGCUCAAAAAUUUUUCAGCGGUACCAAUAACUUUCAUGAGGUCAACUACCGCAUCUUGAAAUGUGGACUCGACGAAUUACUCUUAGGCUUGCCAUGUUGAAAAAAACCAAAUAUAACGUAAUUAGGUUAGAAA